AUGGCAGCUGACCAGGCCACCGACCCAGAUGUGCAGGCUUUGAGGACGGCUGUCACAGGGCUGCAGGUAGAGGACGUGGCUUUCGAUGACACUGGCACCACGCUCCUGUGCAACGUUUUCACGGCUUGGCCCCGGCCCGUCAUCCCCACUGGCUGGAGGCAGCGUGUUUUCGACAAUGUCCAUGGCCUCUCCCACCCUGGCAAAAAGCUGUCUCAAAUACUAGUGGCAGCCAAUCAGUUCCCUUCAUCAACAAUCGUGUCAGCAUUGUUGAAGAGUCAGCUGUUGUCUGAGGAUCUGGUGAAUGGGGUGGAGAUCCGAUGCGAGGAGAAAGGUAGUUGCCCAGCUGCUUGUCACCUUGUUAAUGGUCGGGGCAGUGAGAAGCUCUCUCCCAUCCCUGGGGUUGUGCCCCUCUAUAGUCUAGUCCAAGACAACAUCACCAAAGAGGCCUUCAAAAGUGCCACAAUGAGCUCAUACUGGUGUGCUGGAAAGGGCGAUGUCAUUGACAACUGGUUUUGCUGCGACCUGAGUGCCUUCAGCAACGAUGGCCUUCCCAACUGCAGUCCUCUUAGGCAACCAAUCUUGCGCCUUGCCCCUCACCUGGAGCCCUCCAGUACAAUGGUGGCUAUGGAGUGGGUUGCUGUGGAUCCCCCAGUUGGCAGCAAGAUCUCUUAUUAUAUCAUCCAACAUAAGCAAGUGGCGGUCCGUUCAGAGGCAGAGGUCUACACAGGUGAAGUCCUAAGCUUGGUGGAUGACCUGUUUUCUGGUUUGGGUUCAUCUUGGGUAAUUGCAGGGAAGAUAAAUGGAGACCAUCCUCAUUCUGUGUUGUAUUCAGUGGUCUUCAAGUGCCUGGAACCUGAUAGUCUCUAUAAUAGAGAUGUAGAGCUGGAUGUCGGCGGUGUAACAGUGGAAAUGGAGACCAUGACAACAUAUAAUGUUACCAAGGGGGAGCAUGUAAAGGAUGAACAGGCGAGGGCCAAGCACCAAACCCUGGAAGAUGCCUUGGGACAGGGGAACAGUGAAGUAGAAAACUAUGGAGAGCCAUGUGUGGAGGCUCAGAAGGCUGGAAAUGCGCCCCAUCCCACGGCCAAGGUUUUUGCUCCAACUGAAGAGGUGGCCCUGCAGAGGCUUGAAAUGGUGUUCAACAGGUUGAGAGCCCACAAUCUCAAGCUGUCCCUGAAGAAGUGCCACUUUCUGCAUCGAAUUAAGAUUAUCUACAAGCUCAUUGACUGA